AUGCCAACACGACCACACGAUGCAUCUCCAGCUCAGAUUCUCUCCAUGCAACAGCCGACUGUUCCACCCGCACCGGAAAUGGGCAUGCACGACAAGAUCUACCAGGUGAUGCAGAAGAAAUCGCAGUCCAUGGAAUUCAACGUUCCCUCCAAACCUAUUUGGACCGCUAUCACGCCCACGCCAGAAACUCCUGGAAACUAUGACCAUGACGCAAUUUUCCAGGAAAAUCUAAAGAAAAUUAACGAAAUGUCGACGACUACAGUUCCACCGACGACAACCGCCAAAGUAGCUGAGAUCAAACAAGUGGAAGGCGAGAAUAUGUUCCGUGAUAUUCUGUCGGUGUUCGAUGAAACUGAGAAGAAAGAGGAAAAAGUGGCGCCGAAGUUCGAGAAAGAACCUCCAAAGAGAAUGGUUGACAGCGCCGCACAGGUCAACCUUCCAGCUGAGAAUAUUUUCAAAACUGUGGAGGAGCAAAAGCCGGAACCUGAAAACAUUUUCAAAACAGUAGAGGAGCAGAAACCCGAGCCUGAGAACGUGUUCAAGACGGUUGAAGAGCAGAGACCUGAGGAAGCUCAGGAAACGCAGGUAGGGAAUGAAAAGGACGGCUUAGUCGUGAAAUUCCAGAUUCCUGAGGAAGACUCCGAGGGACCAGUCGGACCAGUUGUCAUUGAAGACAGAUUCCCACGUAUUGGCGCCAGGACCACCAUAGCCGUAGAAGCUACAACCACUGCAGCCGAUGCCGAGAGCGAUGAGGACAUGGAGCACGAUCCCCUAGCCGCAUUUUUGAGAUAUUUCGAACAAGAAGCACAAAAAAUGCGUGGCGCUCAGCAAAAGGCCGCUAUUGUGGACAGCGAGGUACGCAAGGAGGAACCAAAGAAUGAGCAACCAGCCGCUGUCGACGUACCGGAACCACACUUCCAAGAGUUCCAACAUGUCCCUAGACUCGUUACCGUCUAA